AUGUCGUCUGUGGAAAUUCGUGCUGUGCAGCUCCCACCCGCAGAGAACCCAGGGAAGAUGGGUAAAACCACAGCAGCUGCGAGGAGAGCUGCUCUUGGAGAGAUAACAAACUUUCCAGGAGCAGCAGUCAACACAAAGAGGGCUGGGCCAUCCAAAUCAUCAGCCAAAUCAUCUUGUGACCUAAAUGCAAAACGCAGUGCAGUGGUGCCUCCAGUAGUCCAGGUUCAAGCACCUGCAGAGCUACUCUCUCCAGUUUUAGAGGAGUCGGCUGAUGCGUCCAUGAAGGAGGAGGAACUGCCCCAGGCUUUUUCUGAGGCGCUGCUCAUUGUGCAUGAUGUCGACAAGCAGGACGCAGACCUGCCACAGCUCUGCUCCGAAUAUGUCAAAGACAUCUAUAAUUAUCUGCAUGACCUGGAGGUGCAGCAGGCUAUACGCCCAAACUACAUGGAGGGUUAUGAAAUCAGUGAACGCAUGCGAGCUCUUCUGAUCGACUGGCUGGUCCAAGUGCACGCCAGGUUCCAGCUGCUGCCGGAGACUCUGUACCUCACAGUUGCCAUCCUGGACCGUUUUCUGCAGGUCCAGCCAGUCUCUCGCAGAAAGCUGCAGCUUGUUGGUGUGACUGCCAUGCUGGUGGCCUGUAAAUAUGAGGAGAUGUACGCUCCAGAAGUCGGCGACUUUGCCUACAUCACAGACAAUGCAUUUUCAAAGUCUGAGAUUCUGGAGAUGGGGCAGCUGGUUUUGAAGAGCCUUAAUUUUCAGCUGGGACGUCCUCUUCCAUUACACUUCCUCAGGCGGGCUUCAAAGGUGGCUAAUUGUGAUGUAGAGAGACACACGCUGGCCAAGUAUCUGAUGGAGCUGACCCUCCUCGACUAUGACAUGGUGCACUACCGGCCCUCUGAGAUUGCUGCUGCUUCCCUGUGUCUCUCCCAGCUGCUGCUUAACGGGCUGCCGUGGUCGGCUACACAGCAGCACUACUCUACUUAUGAUGAGGCCCACCUGAAGCCAGUCAUGCAGCACAUUGCCAAAAAUGUUGUGACUUUAAAUGAGGGGAAAACAAAGUUCCAGGAGUUGGUGCAAGUUGUGGCAAUAGUCAUUUCACUUGUCUCAAAGUCAUAG